AUGUCAUCUCACAGUUAUGUUCUGAAUAAGCCGACUCGGAUCGAGUACCAGAAGCUAAAGAUCUUAAUUUUGGACGCACCGAACAACUCUAACCUGAAACUGUACAUAAAAGAAAUGCUGGAGUUUGGCGUAACCUGUCUGGUUAGGACCUGCGAGUCAAACUACAACGACCAACUCCUUCUGGACAACAAAAUCGAAGUCCGAGAUCUGUUCUUCAAUGAUGGAGACCCGCCACCCUACGAAAUUGUCACACGCUGGCUUGAACUUAUACACCAAUGCCUGGAGACUAACUCAGCUAUAGCAGUACACUGCGUCGCAGGCCUGGGACGCGCACCCGUGCUCGCUUGCAUUGCACUAGUUGAGUACGGCAUGCAACCACUCGACGCUAUUUGCUUUGUUCGUGACCGCAGAAAAGGCGCAAUCAACCGCAGACAGCUUGAGUUUCUCAAAACGUACAAGAAACAACGAAGACGCAAUUACAGAUGCCUCACCUGCACUGUCAUGUAA